CUCAGUCCUCCAAAUUCAGAUACACUUUUAUGAAGAGAAUAGAAUGUGGUAAAAAGAAAUAAUGUAGGGCUCCAAUGGAGCAGAUGUAAGCUUAGAAAAGCUCCACAACAUCUGUAACGAGGAGCUCCUUCCAUUUUCCAGACAUGUAACUGUAUCAACCACUGGGAAAAAAAAAUUUCAAGGAGGAUACCUGACUAAGUCUGGUGUAAAAUCUGCAUUAUCUCAUGAGCUUAAAAUGUCCCUUAAAUCUGCCAUAAAAAUUUGUAUUAGACAUACAGCUCUGAACCUCGUAGUGUGUUGUGUUCAAUUCCAAUACAAUGAAAACUCAAUCAAAUUGCACUUUACAGAGGGUGGAAAAACACAGUGUUUCCAAUUUCUCUACCAAUUUUUCAUACCACAGAGCUUGUAUAAUCUUAUUAUAUGCAAUGUCAAGACCAUUUGAUUCAAAAUAGAUGCUGGACUAGGUAAAUGAAUAAACCAAAUCAAAUCUAAUCUUUCCAAACUGUAAAAGAUGCCAUGGUUUUCCAGUAAAUCGAAAUCUACUGUACCACAACCAAUCCAGAUGCGAGUCAAAACAUCAAACACUUUAUGAACGAUGAGGAUAACAAAGAAAAACCCAAUUGAAAGGGAUGCUAAUUGGAACCCAGACAAAGAGUCAGAAAUCUCGUGUGGAAAGUGCCGCUCAUUGCAUCACCAGUUAGCCGUGAAAGCUCUGGCGAAUGCUGCGUUUUGCACAGUUAAGAGAUUAUCAUCAUUCAUCAAAAACAAGGAAAAAAAAAAAAAGACAUGAUUUUUACAACAAUUUUGCCCCCCAAAAUAAACCCCAAUUCAUAAUUCCCCAUUCAAUCAAAGCUCAAAAUAAUGAACCCAUUCCAAGAAAAAAUUUGAACAACAUAAGGGUUUCUUCAGGGGCGGAUUAUAUAGAAGGAGAGAAGUUGGAAGUGACGGCUGCUAAAGGAAUAGAGAAACCCUCAGUUAGGUUUAUAGGGAAUUUCUAAAAUAGUUAAUUACAUUUACCACCCAUGAGAUUGCGUUAAUUACGUACUAAUCCUUCAAAACUUUUCCUUUUUUCUUUACUUGCCCAAAAUCCACCACGUAGCAUAGAAAUAGAUUUCUUCCAUGGGAGGAGGAGCUCACUUGUUUCCGGUUUCCGCUCCAUUUUCACCCAUAACCAAACAAGCCUUUCUCUCCAUUCCAUUUCCAUGCUUCCUUUCUUCCUCCCUGAGGCAAAAUUCCCAAUUCACAUCCAAAGUGGAGACCCGGAAUCGUAAAAUGUCGACCACCGCCAAAAAAAAUGGUGGGUUCGACGCCGUGGCUUACGAAGAAGAGCGUUUAAGCCGCGACGCUGAAGCCCGGGAAGCCAUGGCUGAAGCAUCGAAGAAGGAGAUUCAAGACGAAUCCGACCCGAAAGCUUGGAAAUGGGUCAUCAGGAAACGGGUCUGGGAUUUGAUGGAAGCUCAGAACAUCGCCCAGUUCCCUAGGCCUGUUCAUCAUCGAAUACCCAAUUUCGUUGGCGCUCACUUGGCUGCUAAUAAGUUAACUGAGCUGGAUGAAUUUAAGACUGCAAAAUGUGUGAAGGUGAAUCCCGAUACUCCACAGAAGCAAGUCAGGUUUCUCACUCUCACCGGAGGGAAGCAGUUACUUACCCCUCAGCCUCGCCUAAGGACUGGAUUCUUCUCAAUACUGGAGUCCAAUAUGUUGAGCUCUGACACAAUCAAGGAGGCAUGCACUUCCGUUGGUGUUGCCAAGUAUGGAAGGGCCAUUGGAUUGGAUGAGAAGAUCAAAGUAGACCUCAUUGUCAUCGGCUCUGUUGCCGUCAACCCCAAGACUGGUGCACGGCUUGGCAAGGGUGAGGGGUUUGCUGAACUUGAAUAUGGCAUGCUGCGGUACAUGGGUGCCAUUGAUGACUCGACACCAAUUAUCACAUCUGUGCAUGACGAACAGCUAGUGGAUGACAUUCCAGUUGAGAAGCUAUUGAUUCAUGAUGUGCCAGUUGACAUCAUUUGCACUCCUACCCAAGUCAUAUUUACCAAUACAUCCAUACCAAAGCCUCAAGGCAUUUACUGGGAUAAACUUUCUCCUGAAAAGCUUGGUCAAAUCAAGAUACUCAGAGAGUUAAAGAGCAGAAUUGAACGGGAAACAGGCCAGAAACUCCCUUCUGGCCCUUCAGAGAAGCUCCCACCAACUGCUCAACGCAGACGCCGAGGGUAAUUUUUCUGCUGCCAGCAGGCCCUGUGUUCGUUUCUUUGAGAGUAAAUACUUACAAAUAUGUUGUAGAUGGUUGGUUCUUUUCCUAGAGUUCUGUGAAAAUGUAUGUAAAUUGAAUGUAAAUCCAAAUUUGUCCAAAGGCAAAAAGCAGGAGGAAACCGUUGUUAAUAUUCUUUCUUGAAGUUGUACUUAUGAAGCCUCCAAGAACAGUAAACUCCAGUAUACUCCUUUUUUCAUACAACGGAGUUUCUGGUUUGUAUUUUGUUUUUUGUUUGAUAAACUAAAAGAAUCUUUUAUUUGAUCAAUCAUUUGAUAAACUAGACUUCAACUCCA